AUGAAUGUAGAGUCACGUAUCUCCACAAUCAAAAAGAAAGGUUAUUGCUAUAACUGCUUGGCCAUAUCACUUAGCUACAAGAACUGUGUGAGUAAAUUCUCGUGUCGUAAGUGUCACAAAAAACACAAUACUCUGAUACACAGAGAGUCCAGCUUUCGACCUAAAUCCACUCCGGAAAUACCAAACGUCACUAGUUCGAACCCUGAAAACGCUUCAAAUACCGCAUUACCCACCCAAAACACAAAUAAUCGCCAAGCCUACACUACAACUAUACAGUCCAGUAAAUCAUCAACCCAAGACCCACUCAACCCAAGUAGGAAGCAGAUAUUACUCGGUACUGCAAUGGUUCAAAUAGAACAUAAUGGCCAGAGAUAUUCCGCGAGAGCUCUUAUUGAUUCUGGAUCGGAAGCCACAUUUAUAUCUCGAAGACUUCAGAGAAGUUUGGAUAUACCCACCCACUCUUUAUCAGCACAGUCAUUUAUACUAAAUAGCCUAACUGAUAAUUUACCCUCAUACCCCAUAGAUCAAAAACAGUGUCUUAAAAAUCUUGGAUUCACUUUAGCCGACACCCAAUUUCACAAGCCCAGAUCCGUGGAUAUGCUAAUCGGUAGUGAUAUCUAUCUAAGUAUUUUACUCAAUGGAGUAAAGAGAAACAUACUAGGUUCACUCUUAGCUCAAGAGACAGAAUUCGGAUGGAUAUCCGGACCCAUAACCCAACCCUCCCAAAAUUCCGCCAUAGUAUCGUUUCACAUUAAAAUGAACCCCGAGAAUCUACUCACACGUUUUUGGGAGGUGGAGGAAGUCCCAAAGGAAUCUGUAGUUUCCAAAUCGGACCAAAUUUGUGAGGAAAUUUUCCAAAAAACUACCCGUCGUAAUUCAGAUGGACGCUAUAUAGUAACCCUACCCUUCAAAGAACCCGACAGUACUGAUAUAGGAUACUUUAGACACAUAGUGUUGGCCCAAUUCCUCAGAAAUGAACGAGCUUUACUUAAAAAACCCGAAAUGAAAGCAGAAUAUGACAAAGCAAUUAUGGAAUAUUUGGAACUCGGACAAAUGAAGAAAGUAGAAUAUGACCGUUAUGGUAAAGCGAUCCAAUAG